CAUGGAGGGUGGGGGCGGAUCAAAGUCUUGCCCCAGGUAGGUUUCCUGGCCCAGCCCCGGGUUGGGGGGUGCCCAGCAGACCCGGACUGCGACCUCGGUGGAGAGAGUCCCUGCGGUGGAGCGCCAGGCCGAGCCAUUACCUGGGACCAGUUUGAGAAACAAUUCCUCUGGAGGCCACAUCUUUAGCCAUCUUGUGGAGCUGAGAGGGAGACAGACCCGAGAGUGGAAGCAAUCGCUGUAAGGCAUCACCAAGGGGAAGAAUGCUUUCAGAAUCUGUCCCGGCUGCGCAGGAGCCAGAGCAGUUCGGAGCAGUCAAACUGGAGGAGGAGGAGGCUGCUGGCCAGGAAGACCCCAGGCAGCCAGAGGCCAGGCCCCGGCCCGAGGUGGCUCACCAGCUCUUCAGAUGCUUCCAGUAUCAGGAGGAUAUGGGGCCAAGGGCGUCCCUGAGCCGGCUCCGGGAGCUCUGUAGCCACUGGCUGCAGCCGGCGCUGCACACCAAGAAGCAGAUCCUGGAGCUGCUGGUGCUGGAGCAGUUCCUGAGCGUGCUGCCUCCGCAUCUCCUGGCCCGGCUACAGGGCCAGCAGCUCAGGGAUGGCGAAGAGGUUGUGCUGCUGCUGGAGGGUGUCCAGAGGGAGUCCAGCAAUGUGGGACCAUUGGAUUUUAGUUUUAAUGCUGGCAAGAACUAUCCCCGUGCAGACAUCACCUUGGAGGAACAGGGAGGUUCUUCCCAGGUCUCCAGCCACAGCCCCAAAAAGGAAGUGCCUUCAGAAGGGCCUCCAGCCCUGGAACCAGCAAAGGAACUCCUGCUGUCCCAGUCAGGGCCCUCCAAGCCUGCAGAGAUGGGGGCCUGGAGACGUCCCCCAAUUUCAAAGCAGCCAUUGAGCCCAGGUCCUAAGGGAACAUUGCAGGCCUUGCAGGAGAGCGUGCUGUCAGUCCCCCAGGGCCCUGAGCUGUGGCCGGAGGAGAACUCUGGAGAUCAAGAGCUGGCAGCUGUGCUGGAGUCCCUGACCUUUGAAGAUGUUCCAGCAAAGAAGGCUUGGCCUGUGCAUCCUCUGGGAUUUGGAAGCAGAACCCCAGACAAGGAGUUUAAAGAAGAAGAGCAGAAAGUGGUUUCUUGGCCCACUGCCAACUCGGCAAAGUCUUGGGCAGACAGUCCCAGGGUGGCGGAAGAGCCCCACACCCAGUCGCUUGGGCGGGGCCCUGAGGUGGAUCGCACGGGUGGAGAAAUGUCCCCUCCGAGCAGGACUGAUGUUCUUGAGGUCAAAGUGGCCGGAGGGACCCCCAAGUCAGAGCCGGAGAUAAAGUUCAUCUGCACAGAGUGCGGGGUGAGCUUCCCGCAGCUCUCCCGGCUGGAGGCGCACCAGCUGCGGUCUCACCCCGGCGCGCGGUCCUUCCUGUGCUUGUGUUGCGGGAAGAGCUUUGGCCGCAGCUCCAUCCUCAAGCUGCACAUGCGCACGCACACUGAUGAGCGGCCGCACACCUGCCAUCUCUGUGGCCACCGCUUCCGCCAGAGCUCGCAUCUGAGCAAACACCUGCAGACGCACUCUUCUGAGCCUGCCUUCCUGUGCGCCGAGUGCGGCCAGGGCUUCCAGCGCCGGGCCAGCCUCAUGCAGCACCUCCUGGCGCACGCCCAGGACCAAAAGCCCUCGUGCGCGCCGGAGACCAAGACUCAAGCGCCCCCGGAGCUGGCCGUAGUCCUGUGCUCCCACUGCGGCCAGACCUUCCAGCGCCGCUCCAGCCUCAAGCGCCACCUGCGAAUCCACGCCAAGGACAAGGGCCACCAGUGCUCCGAGUGCUCGGGCAGCCUGCACCCGGGGCCUGAGCGCAGGCCCUAUGUGUGCAGCGACUGCGGCAAGGCUUUCCGGCGCAGCGAGCACCUGGGGGCACACCGGCGCGUGCACACCGGCGAGCGGCCCUUCUCCUGCCAGGUCUGCGGCCGCAGCUUCAGUCAGAGCUCCCAGCUGGUCUGCCACCAGCGGGUGCACACGGGCGAGAGGCCCUACAGCUGCCCGCACUGCGGGAAGCGCUUCAUGCGGCGGGCUGGCCUCGCCCGCCACCUCCUGACCCACGGCGGCCCUAGGCCCCACAACUGCGUCCAGUGCGGCAAGAGCUUCAGCCAGACCCAGGACCUCGCCCGCCACCGGCGCAGCCACACAGGGGAGAAGCCCUGCCGCUGCAGCGAGUGCGGCGAGGGCUUCAGCCAGAGCGCCCACCUGGCGCGCCACCAGCGCAUCCACACCGGGGAGAAGCCCCACAUCUGUGACACCUGCGGUCACCGUUUCCGGAACAGCUCCAACCUGGCCCGCCACCGCCGCAGCCACACCGGCGAGCGGCCAUACAGCUGCCAGAAGUGCGGCCGGAGCUUCCGGCGCAACGCCCACCUGCAGCGACACCUGGCCACCCACGCAGGGGCAGGGGAUGAGUCCGGGUCUGGGCAGGCUGAGCCCCCGCAGGAGUGCCUGGAGUGCGGCAAGAUCUUCAGCCGCAGCUGCAAUCUGCUGCGUCACAUGCUGGUCCACACGGGAGCCAGGCCCUACUCAUGCACGCAGUGUGGCCGGAGCUUCAGCCGCAACUCCCACCUCCUGCGCCACCUGAGAACGCAUGCGCGGGAGACCCUGUACUAACUUCGAGCGGAGCUCCCCCAAGUCUGCCCUGUGCGCUUCUCCCCGGCGUCCCUGGCCACCAAGGCUGCAGUGGAUGGCUCUGCCCCGACACUCCAUGCCACCUUCCUCUGGCUCCCCCGACCCUGCCUGUUAGGUCUUCCCUUCUGCAGAGGCAUCUAUUCCUGGCCUUAGGAAUGUAUUUCGAAAUGCCUAAAGUAAAACAACCUUCUUGAAAGUGGUCCCUCUUCAUUUAUUUUGCUGAGUGUAUCAGUGCCACCUGUUCCCCUCCCCAGUGUGUCACAGUGAUGCCUUUCUCCUAUCCCCACCCCCUCAAUAACAGGUUGGUUGGGAGCAGGUCCUGGAAAAGUUCCUCUCCCAUACAAAGUAUCAGACUGGGUGUGGAGUGAGGGGAGGGUGGCCAUCUGUCACGGCCACCUUGGGUGAGGCCAAGCAAUCCCACCCUGGAAUUUUUCUCCUCUACAGUCUAUCUCAACCAACACAGUAUCCUCUAGCAACUUGUGGCUGUUUAAAUUAAUUCAAAUUAAAUAAAAUUUAAAAUUUCAUAUUCCAGAUUACUAUGGGAAACAGAUUCUUCUGGAACAUUGCUAACAAAUGCAAACUGAAAACACAAGCAGGCAGAACCAAACCUGCCUGCGGCCAAGUUAGGUUGACAGUUCGAGACCCCUAACCACU